AAAACUGAGAAAACUCGGGUCUUUGGCACGAAGGAGCCAUGGCUGCUGUAGGGGGUCACAUCCAGCGUCUCCGCGAUGAAGCCACUUGCCCCAUCUGCCUGGAUUACUUCAAGGAUCCAGUGACCAGCCCAGAGUGUGGGCACAACUUCUGCCGAUCCUGCCUGAUCCAGUGCUGGGGGGAAUCGGAGGCAGAGGCUUCGUGCCCUCAGUGCAGAAAAAGAGUUCAGAGAAGGAGCCUCAUCCCCAACCGGCAAUUGGCUAACAUGGUAGAAUUAAUCAAGAAUCUCAGCCUUCAAGAGAGGAAGGAAGAGGAACGAAAAGGAGUCUGCGAGGAGCACCAGGAGCCCCUGAAGCUCUUCUGCAAAGUCCACGAAGCCCCCAUCUGUGUGGUGUGUGACAAAUCAAAGGAACAUGAAAAUCACAAGGUGAUUCCUCUGGAGGAGGCUUUCGAGGAAUACAAGGGAGAGAUCUGUCGCCGCCUAGAGAUUCUGAGGAAAGAGAGAGAGGAAAUUCGGGCCUAUCAAGCAGACCUGGAGAAGGAAAGCAAAGACCUCUUUAAAUUGACAGAAACGGAGAGGCUGAAGACUGUGGAGAAGUUCAGAGAACUGCGCCUGUUCCUGGAAGAACAAGAAAAGCGUCUGCUGAAUCAUGUAGAAGAGGUGGAGAAGGAGAUUGCAGGGAGAAGGAAUGAGCAGCUGACCAGACUCUCCAGGAAACUCUCCUCUCUUGAGAAGAUCAUCCAGGAGAUGGAGGAAAAGGGUCAGCAGCCAGCGAGUGAACUCCUGCAGGAUAUGAGAAGGACCUUGCAGAGGUAUGAGAAAAGAGAGCAUCCAGAGAAGCCACUGGCUUUCCCUCUAGAGCUCAGGAACAGGAUCUUGGAAUCCUGUGAUCUAAAUCACCUUGUGGAGGAUACAAUGAAACAAUGGAAAGAUGUGCUGAUCUACAGAAAACCGAUUCAGAAAGAUGUUCAGUCAUUCAGAAAUCUUCAGAGAGCAAAUGUCACUCUGGAUCCAAACACAGCCCAUCCUGAACUCAUCCUGUCUGAGGAUCGGAAAAGCGUGAGAUAUGGAGACAAAAAGCAAGACCUGCCCGACAAUCCUGAGAGAUUCAACUACUGGCCUUGUGUGUUGGGAUGUGAGGGAUUCACAGCAGGCAGACAUUUCUGGGAAGUCAAUGUGGGAAGUGGGGAAUGGUGGGUUGUGGGGGUUGCCAGGAAGUCUGUGAGGAGAAAGGGUGACUUCUACUUCUGUCCUAAGGUGGGAAUCUGGGUUGUGCGGAAGUCUGGAGGAAAGUACUGGCCCUGCACCUCCCCUUAUCCCUCUCCUCUGUCCCUGAGUUGGGAUCCCAGGAGGAUCCGGGUGACUCUGGACUAUGAAGGGGGACGUGUGUCUUUUUCUGAUGCCGACUCAGGAGCCGAACUCUACACGUUCUCAGGAGCCUCGUUCUCUGUAGAGACCCUCCUCCCUUUCUUUUGUCUGGGCAAAAUUAAAACCCCCCUGAGUAUCUCCUGAGGAGACUAAAUCUGCCUCUCAGGCCUAGCAGGAGUUUCUCUCCAGACCAGAGUAACCAAUAUAAAAAAAACAUUUACCCACCAAGAGCACGUUGGGCAGUUCUUCAAGGGGACCUUUUGAGAAGAUUCAUUCCAGUUAAAAUAAGCAGAAAUAACAAAACAAAAAUUGGGUUGUUCUCUGUUCCCCGUAUUUCCUCUCCUGAGGCAGAGUUGCUGGAUCCUUGGUCCUCCAUUUUCAUGCCUGAAGGACCCCUCAUAUCUCACCUUGUAGUAUAUUAAUUUAUGGACUCAGGAGAAACCUCCAUCUAAGAUUGGCAGGACAGAGCUUCUCCCUGGGCAGAAAAAGAGAUGUGUGCAGAAAUGAGAAACAACGAACACAAGUAAACACACACCUUUGGGCACUGUUUAAAAAUAAAAUCAGCCACAUGCAAAGAAUAUAAAGUCUAGGAAACAGAAUCGGUGUUACAUUAUCUUGGCCCCUCAUUUUCCCCUACAGCCACAUACAUUUAAAACACUUUUAUACCAUUUCACCAGUGAUGGAGAAACCUGGGAACUGUAGUUUGUAAGAUGUGCUAGGAAAUGUAGCUCUCUUGAGGAGGUAAACUACAGUUCACAUGAGAGUAUAGAGGGGUACAAUACCCAAGAGGGGGUUAGGCAGUUGCUUCCACACACAGGAUAGCUUGGUUGGCUAGAGCAUGGUGCUGAUAAUGGCAAGGUUGCCUAAAAAGAGGGUCAAAGGACAAACGAAAAAAGGAUAAAAGA